AAUCAUUAAAAGUUAGUUAUAGAUACCAGCAUAAUUUUGCUAGUAUCAUACUAAAUGCACCGAUAACACUUACAUACAAAAUGACAAAUUUUAUUUCGGAACAGGUACCUACAUAUUUUAAUCUGUAAAGCAUUAGUACUCCUAAAUCAAUAUAACAUAAAUAUUAAAGUGUUCAAAAAAAUGUUUGUUCGAUAAUACCAGUACCUUAAAUGGAAACGGAAAUACGUAUAAACGAGUUAUAAAUGUUUAUUUUCAUAUAAGGUACACAUUUUGUCACAUCCCACAUUAUAAGGGUACAAUGGCAUUUAAUGCUACAAAAUUGGUGUUUUAUACGUUGAUAGUGCAUGUUAUUGUUCCAGACAUUCCAAGUAAAGUUACAACAACGUUCGGAUCAACAAAUGAAAGAAGUAAGUUUAAUAAUAUCGUAAACGAAUUUCAAAAAAAAUAUAAUCUCAAAAAAGGGGCAGAGAUAAUUACCCAGCAUCAAAAUAAUCAUUUCGGCAAAAUACCUGGAGAAUUUAUCACAUUUGAAAUCGAUUUAUUUCUAAUAUUACAGCAAAUGGCCUACAUGUUUGAUAAAAGAAGUGAAAGUGGACUUAUGUAUGAGGACUAUUUUUUAAAGAUCUGCUCAAUUCUUCCAAGAUGUUUGGAUUUUAUCAAUAUAAAUGUCUUUCAGAAUUCAAUAACAGUUAUGUUAAAUAAAAUUCAUAUAGUUCUUUGUUAUUCAUUACCAACCUAUUUCAAGACAUAUAUCAAUGCCUCGCCAAAUAAUAUCGAUAAAAAAUUUGUUGAUAAAACAAUUGAGAGAAAUUUGGCCUCUAUAGUAUCAAUGACAGAAAUUAAGACUAAUAAUAGUGACAAUCUGUUUGAGCAGCCGAACUACAAGAAUGAAAGUUUAAAUUUUAUUUCAAAAGUUUACGAGAUCAUUGGUAAUAUCGACUUUAUAUCAUGCAUGAGUGAAAAUCUCGGUAAACUAAAACAGCAUCUUAAUGAACAUAAUUCGCAUAAUAACGAAAUAAAAUUCAAGGUGACUAAAGUAAUUACCAGGGACAAUAAAAUACAAAUAAAUUCUGAAAACAAUGUACAUUUUCUGGAACUCAAUAAAAAUUAUACAAAUGAACUUCGGAACAAAUGCGGUUUUAAAAUUCAGUCACAUGAUUUGUCAAAGCUCAAAACAAUGCAACACAUUGUUUUUUAUACAUUAAAGAAACUCAAAGAAUAUUUUACAAAUAUUUUAUUGAACGGUUCAAAGAAACGUUCACAAAAAAUCGAAAAAGACCUGGGUAAGAAGUACAUUCUGAUGGACACGUUAAAUAAAAUGUGUCAGAAAAUCUCUUUGAUUCUAGUCUAUUUAAACAAAAAUGAGGUUGACGACGACUCGAUAAUAUUCAGAUUGUACUUGACGUUUUGCGCAGACUUUAAGGAAUACACUGAUAUCCGUUGCACUAGUGCAUUUAACGGUACUGCAGUAAGUCAGAGUCUCGAAGCCGAACGGAAUAAAUGCAUACGGGAGUCUGUAAAAAACAUUUGGACGUGGAAUAUAUUUAUAACCACAAUUGAGGUCCCGAAAAAAAGUGAAGACAAAUAUUUAACCAACGAAAAUUGUAAAAUUUUGUACUUGAACUAUUUGGAGAAUAUCCACAAUACCAUCAAACAAUUUCACAAAGGAAUGGGUGUUUGGACCACUUUCGAGUGGUUGAGUGGUAAAUAUGUUCUUACCGAAAGUUCCCAAAACACCCGUAUGCAUGAUAUAAAAUCGAAAAAUAUAAAUAUAAAGACCGUAAAUAUGAGUUUAUCAGUUGCGUAUUAUGCUACAUUACCGUGGGGUUUGAACACCUUCUCUGUAGGGAAUUUUCAUAAUGUGGUUGUAAACCAUUUAGACAGCACAAUGAAUACUUACGUUUACAUUUACGCGAAAAUUAUAGAUUUAUACUUAGAGCGCACAGGCAUUACCGUCGAAUCUCAUGUUUUACAAAGCAUACGAGAUAGUAUUCGGUGGCAUAACGAAGGGACGAAAUUAUUUUACAAAUAUCUGUAUUUACCUUUAUACACCGAUAAAGAUUCACAGGAUGAACCACAACCAACUGAUGACAUAAAAACUAUCAUUUAUAGAAUACAAAAUAUUGACGACAGCGGGAAUAUAAGUCUCAAUGACAUCAUUCCAGAGCACGAUAAAGACAAUUUUUUGGAAUGGUCCGAGACUAAACUUCCUAACAACGAUGAAGGAUACAAACAAUUUAACACGUUUAUAAACGGGAAUUGCAUGGAUGCUAUGGACUUUAUGAGUACUUUUUUUUCGAUCGUAGAGAAAUCUAUGGACAUAAAUUUUGAAUUCCAUUCUGCUACUACUAUGUACUCGCAGUACUGUCCGGAAAAUAUAUUUGAUGUUAAAUCCGCCGUCAAACUUAUGAGCGUUGUUAGAGACCAGCAAGAAUAUACAGAGGCCGGUUCUAAAGACGGAGUUAUUGGUUCGAGUUCACCUGGAAAUAAAUCAAAUGUUAAGACUCUUUUGAUGGGUUUCCUUAAACUUCAAUAGAAAAGUUAGUGUGAAACUAGUAUUAAUUUUUUUUAUGAAUUUAAUAAAUUUAUAUUUAUUAUAUAUUUUGAUAAAAAUUGUUCAUAUUUAAUAUGUCCUUUUAACGUGUUUAUUGAGUUCAUCUAUAUCAUCCUUAAAUAUAGUAACAAUUUUAAAAAAUUAAAUGAACAAUACAAAAAUUUUUU